AACAUAAUUUGCUCUCGCCUCAGUUAGGGGGCUCUUCUGUGAAGAUCGGACGUCAACUCGUUACGACCGUUAUCAGUGGUGGUUUGUGGCUAGCUAAGCUACCGCGUUACACAAAGAACAAUGAAGCUUCCAAUUGCUUGAUUGUGACGACGACCUACAGUGCCAAAUAGUUCAAUAGCAAUUUGCAAGUAUGUGUUGUCUCAAUUGGAUCGUCUCACAAAGUGCCUUAUUGCUUUCGGUCGCGGCUUCUCCUCUAGCGUAAUGUUUACUUUUUUCGAAUUUCGUAAUUGCGCUCUUAUCGGUACGGGUCGGCCUUAAGGUUCAACACGUUUGUAAUCAAGUCUUCGGGGACGAUCGUUACCAUUUCACCACGUCGCAGGCGACAGUAUCACCUCCGAGUGACCUCCCGGGAGGAAGUCACCGUAGACGAAAAGGUUCGUCGCUGUCAAAAGAAUAAAUUAGAAUUUUUUAAAUUCAAAUUCUUCCCCGUGUACCAUGGCGAAUGGAUAUUAUAUAAAAUCGGAGCGUAAAGCAUGGAAAAAGGCGACGACUGUGUUUAUGCAUAAUGCCGACUGGCACAAUUAGACUUCAACUGCGGAAUAGGUACGUUCGACUAAGAAAGUGGAACUGAACGGGCAGGACAAUAAAAGCAGUGCUUCAUUGGUGGUGGUGAUUUAGUGAAACGAACCCUCCGUGGCAAUAUAGCAAUGUAAUGUAAUCAGUUUCUUAUCUGCUGGGUAUCUGGUGGUGGUGUUACUAACCCGUAUCGUUUCAUUUUCUUUUAUCACUAACAACCAGUAGUUCGAUGUGCUAGUCGCGUUGUGAACGUGAAAAAGGAACCGAAGACAAAGUGCCAUAUAUACCAAAAAAUAGUCACAGUUGAAGCAUGGUAACUUUGAAGUAAAAUAUCUUUCCUAAUCGCUGCCGCUGUUCCAACUUUACCUUCUCUCAACUAACAAAUAAUCAAACUAAAAAUGAAACGUGCGCGACAAACCAAGGCCACCAAAGCAACUUCUGGUGCGGUAAAACGGAAAACAUCCAAACUAAAGGAGGAACGUAACAAUAACGUACCUCCGAAAGAACCUACGAUUACACCGAAACAGUCAGAAGUCCCUCUCGUAUUACCUAUCAAUGCAGAAGAUCAACCGAUCCUAGCCGAGUUGGAAGACUUCGACAAUGGGCUCUUGGUCCUUGCGGUUGACAACGAACCAAUAACCUCAGUGUCCCCCGUUACGUCCAACGGAGACACGUCCGAACUCAGCAGCAGCCAAAACGGGCAAAAAUCUCCUCAGCAGAAGAAGAAAGAACGGAAACAGUACAUCUGCCAUGUGUGCAAUAAGAAUUUCAUGGGCGCGAACGAUCUGCGGAAGCAUCUACGCAUCCACAACGACGAACGGCCGUACGCCUGUCCGCACUGUAGCAACCGGUUCCGACAGGCUGGCUGUCUGAAGAACCACAUCGCGUCCCAGCACGGAACCGAUACGCUGUACACGUGCGAUCUGUGUGGGAAAACAUUCCCCAUCAAGGAGCGGCUGCGGCUGCACAUGCGAGUGCACACCGGGGAAAAACCGUACAAAUGUCCCAUGUGCCCGAAGACGUUCGCGCGCGGUGGUCAGCUUACGCAACAUCUCGCCACCCACAAUGGAGUCCGAAAGCACAAAUGUCCGGAUUGUUCUUCGGCAUUCUCGUGCGCUGCCAAUCUCAAGAUGCACCUCAAAAGCCACAUGGAUAUCCGGGACUACACGUGCCAUAUUUGCGGGAAGGGUUUCUUCCGGCCUGAUGCGCUGAAGAAGCAUCUGUUGUGCUAUCACGCUAACUUGAAGGCCUUCCAUUGCAACAUUUGCAACAAGAUGUUCAAGGGUCACCUGCCGCAGCACAUGAGAACGCACAAGAUGAUCCGACCGCAUGGAUGUGCCGUUUGUGGGGCGGUUUUCUCUCAACGAUCUCAACUCGUCGUUCAUCAACGUAUUCACACGGGAGAACGGCCUUAUAGAUGUCAGGUCUGCUGGCAAGCGUUCGCCCACUCGAGUGUCCUCAAGUUGCACAUCCGCAAGCACACGGGCGAAAAGCCGUUCGAAUGCCCCAUCUGCAGUGUUGGUUUUUCGCAGCUUCCGCAUCUGAAAAAGCAUAUGCUCUCUAUCCACAACCAGGACAAAUCUUACCUCUGCAAAACGUGCAACAUCUUCUUCAAGACUAAGCUCGACCACCAGAAUCACAUGGCCAGUUGUUCUCCGGAGUCAAGGUCGAUCACCAGCGUGGAGGAGAUUAUAGACAGAAACGUCAAAGCCGCCAACAGUGGCGUCGAACCGCCGAUGCCCCUAUCGCAAAUGAGAUUCCUAGUGGCGAUUCUGCUGAAGAAGAUCUCCACCGAAGAACGACUGAAAGACUUGGGCUUCGAUAAACGACUGAUCGAUAACGUUCUGGUCGAUUCGUUGAAAUGCGCUGGUCGCAAAGCCUUCGACGACAAAUCAUUGGAUCCGGCCUUCCGCCUGAAGCAGAACGUUCAAGAGCUACUCGAAUGGACUGUGCCGCCAAAGUACAUGGAAGAGUUCAAGAAGGCCAACCGCAGCACCGAGGAGUUGCUGGAGGAUUUAACCAACUAAAUGUAUUUUCUUAUACUAACCCUUAGAUAUGAUUUUUUCUAUCAGUUCAGUAGCUGUAGUGAAUUUGAAACAAAGAAAACGAAUUAGCUGAGGUAGUAUGUACCAUGCAACGAAACGCGUUAGCAUAGUGAAUUUUUUGAACUACUAAUUUCACAUAUGUACAUACUAACGAUUUAUUUAUUUUUUUUUUACAUUCUGCUUUCUGGUGCUGGAGUAUCUUCUAUCUUAACAUGAAUUGCCCACAAUCCAAAGUUCCAAGCUUGUCGAACCAAUCUUGCCGUACAAUUAUAAAAAAUGCUAUUUGCCAAAAACAAAAAACCUAAUUUUAAUCACCCCUUAAAUUAUCGCCCUAUACAGGAUUUGUUGGAAGUCUAGUCAAACGAUUGCCAUUUCAAAUAAGUUUCGUUUUCAGCACUGAAAAUGGAACGCAAGUCGAAGAAAAACGAAACAUGCGCCAUUAUUUCUGUACAUUUAUGACAACGUCAAAAUAAGCUCAAACCAAAAAGUAGACCACAUUCGUUUCACAACCAAAAAUGAUCGAUUGUGGCGGAUGUGACGUCGUCGCCACAUCUACCCAUAAUCUGCCAGUGUUAGCGAACUUUUCUGUUCGAAUUAAUAUUAGUAGCCGUUUAUUUAGUGUAGUAUCUAGCAAAUUUGCCCUAGAUGUGUAAGUGUCAUCAAACGAAAAAGAAAGUAGAUAAAGAACAACUGUACUAUAAUAA